GAGUCUGGGCAGAGCAAAAGCUCUUUGGAAAAAAAAAAACGGCGUCGAAGAAGAAGGAAACGCUCUACUCAAGUCAAUGAAUAAGUAAUGGGCCCGAAAAAGAAGACAAGUCGGUGGAAAGGGAUAACGGAAGACACGAAAAGAAAAGAGGUUUUGACCAAACAAAGGGGAGAAAGAAGGACUAAUUUUAAAAGAGUGAGACAAGCAAGGGCACUAUCAUUUUAUGGGAUUUUUGAUCAGAGAAGGAAAGAAAAGCUACGGCACAUCCAUCAAGGAAGAGACAGAAACAGAUGCGGAGAAGUUAGAAGUAAGCAAGAACAUUGGAAAAGAAGGCAACUCAAAGGAGCAUCAGCUAGAGGAUUUGCUGUUGAAGCCCCAAAAGAAAAAUUGCAACGAGGGCCUGAAUAGUAUAAUGAAAGAGAAAGAGUAGGUGAUAAGUGUAGCAAAAUGUAUGGAACUUCUGAGGAAGAUGAUGAAGAAAUGGAGGAAGAAGAGGAGGAGGAAGAGGAAGAAGAGGAGGUGGUAGAAGAAGUGCACGAAAAGAAGAAACCAAGAGAGAGGGCUACAUCGGAGGAAGAGGGGAGCGGUGAAGAGAGCAAGAAGAAAAGGAAGAAGAAAAAGAAGGAGUAUAGUGAUAGCGAGGAUGAUGACUAUGGGGAAAAGAAGAAGAAGAAGAAGAAAAAGAAGAAGAAGAAGAAGAAGAAACACAAGAAAUCCAAGAGCAAAGACAAGAAAAAGAAUAAGAACGACGAGAACUUUGCGCAGAUGUACGAACAGGAGCUUCAGGAUUACCAUUCAGACUCGGCUCACGAAUCGGAAGAUGAGUACAACAAGAAGAAAGUCUAUGAAGUGGUGACAGUGACAGGAGAUAUCCGGGGAGCAGGCACUGAUGCCAAUGUCUUUGUGAUUCUCUUUGGUGAAUUUGGCAUCACUCCAAAGGUCCACCUGACUAGCAAGAGCUGCUCUGCCUUUGAAAGGAGCAAAACGGAUGUCUUCCGAGUGAGGACCAACAAUGUUGGUACUAUAAAGAAGAUAAGAAUUGAGCAUGACAACACGAGUAUGAGUCCCAGUUGGUAUCUGGACCGCGUGAUCGUGACGGACAUGAGCAGGCCACACCUCCGGUUUUAUUUCCCUUGCAACAAUUGGCUGAGCAAAGACGAUGGGGACGGACUUUAUGUCAGAGAUCUAAUUGGCAGCCUCAACCCCAUGGAUGUUCCCAAAGUGAACAAAUACGUCGUCAGAGUGUUCACUGGUGACAUGAAUGGCAGCGGAACCGAUGCAGAUGUUUUCAUUAACAUCUUCGGCCAGAAUGGAGACACAGGAGAAAGGAGAUUGGACAAUGACAACGACAACUUUGAGAGAGGAGCAGAAGACAAAUUCACACUAGACGCCCCAAAUAUGGGAAAGUUACGGAAAAUUGCCAUUGGCCACAAUAACAAAGGGGGCUCAGCUGGCUGGUUCCUGUCCAAGGUUAUCAUUGAAGACAUUGGUAACAAAUGUGUGUAUGAGUUUCCAUGUGAACGUUGGUUUGCCUUGGAUGAAGAUGAUGGGAAAAUUCAGCGAGAUAUCCUAGUGGGAGGAACAGAGGCCACAGGUAUCGUUUAUAAUGUGGCUGUGGUGACGGGAGACAUCCGAGGGGCUGGUACCAACUCCAAGAUCCACAUUGUCAUGCAUGGCUCCAAAGGGCUGAAAAACAGUGGGAAGGUCUUCCUGGAAGGAGGCGAAUUUGAACGGGCCCGGUCGGAUCUUUUUAACGUGGAGAUAGCUGCUCUUCUGAGUCCCUUGAGCCGCGUCUCCAUCGGACAUGAUAAUGCUGGUCUCAGCUGUGGCUGGUAUUGCGAGAAGGUGGUGGCCUAUUGCCCAUUUACUGGCAUCGAACAGACGUUUCCUUGUGGGAAAUGGCUUGAUGAGGAUGAAGGUGAUGGACUGUUUGAACGGGAGCUCUAUGAAAUGAUUUCACUGCGCCAGAAGAGGCUGAAAAAAUAUCCUUGGUCGCUGUGGAUAUGGACGAGUGACAUCAAAGGUGCCGGGACUGAUGCGCCCAUCUUCCUCCAGAUUUAUGGUGACAAAGGGAAAUCUGAUGAAAUGAAACUGGACAAUAAGUCUGACAACUUUGAAGCUGGGCAGACUGACAAAUUUAUGAUUGAGCUUCCAGAUUUCGGGAUUUUGUACAAGAUCCGGAUAUGGCAUGAGAAGCGGAGUCCAUUUGCUGGCUGGCAUCUGGACAAGGUAACUCUUUUGAAAACUCUGACAAAAGAGAAAUACACGUUCCACUGUGGCCGCUGGCUGGACAGCAGUGAAGAUGACUUUGAGAUUGGGAGGGAACUCACGGCUGAAGGACCACUCGUGACGGAAGUGAUGCCAGUGAUAAAGUACCGGGUAACUGUGCACACCGGGAACGUGAGUGGAAGCGGGACAGAUGCCCACGUCUUUGCCUGUCUCAUCGGGGAUCAAGGAGACACCGGGGAUCGCGUCCUGCAGAACAGUGUGAACACAGUCAAUAAAUUUGAGAAGGGCAGUGCUGAUGAGUUCAUCAUUGAAGCAGUCAACUUGAAGCAGGUGAGAAGGGUGAGGAUAGGGCAUGACGGCAAAGGAGGAAGCAGUGGCUGGUACCUUGGCAAAGUGAUAGUGAGGGAAGAUGGACAGCCAGAGAGUGAGGCUCAAGAAUUCCCCUGCUACAGAUGGCUUGACAAAAAUGAGGACGAUGGCCAGAUUAUUCGAGAGUUAGUUCCAGCUGGGAGAUCAUCUCUCCUGGAAAACGUUGGUUAUCACAUCAGCAUCAAGACAGGAGAAGUCCCUGGUGCCAGUUCGGAUUCAAGGGUUUUCAUCAAGCUGUACGGUGAAAAGUCAGACACCAAAAAGGAGUUCCUCUUGGUUUCGGACAACGACUUAGGAAAUUACUUUGAACGUGGGCGGAUAGACGUCUUUUCUCUUGAUACCAUGGACAUUGGCAAGAUCAAACGGCUCUUGAUCGGACAUGAUAAUAUCGGGUUCAAUUGCGGCUGGCACCUUGGCUCUGUUCAGAUUAUCAUCCCUGUCCAUGGCAAAGUGUACAACUUCCCAUGCAACCGGUGGCUCGACAAAAACGAAUACGAUGGAAGAGUAGAGAUCGAGGUCUACCCGAGCGAGAUCAUUCCUAUCGAGAGAUUGAUAAAUUAUGAGGUGUGUGUAGCAACAGGAGAUGUACGGAAUGCAGGCACCAACGCCAACGUUUUCAUGCAGAUUUAUGGGGAGCUGGGCAAGACGGAGCUUCUGAUCCUAAAGAACAGAUCAAACAACUACGAGAGGGGGGCAUCAGAGACCUUCAGGGUUGAAGCUGUAGACGUUGGCAAGGUGUACAAGAUCCGAAUUGGCCAUGAUGGGAAAGGCUUUGGGGAUGGCUGGUUUCUGGACAGCGUGGUAGUCAAGAAGUUGCCUACAAAGGUGCCAAAGAAGAAAAAGAAGAAGAAAAAGAAGAAAACUCCAGAGGAGGAGGAAGCGGAGGAAGGGCCAGGCAUCAUGGAGGUUUAUAAUUUCACACCCUGUCGUUGGCUGGCAAGUGAUGAAGAAGACAAGGAACUGGUUGUGGAACUGGUACCAGAUGAAGGAUCUGAACUUGAAGUGGUUAACUACUCAGUCCAUGUCUUAACCGGAGGUGUUUCUGGAGCCGGGACUGAUGCCAAUGUUUAUUUGAGUAUCUAUGGUGAAAGAGGAGACACUGGGGAGCGCCAUUUGAAGCGUUCAAACCACUUGAACAAGUUUGAGAAGGCUCAGGUGGAUAAAUUCAGUGUCCCAGCCAUUGAACUCGGAGAGCUCACAAAGGUACGGAUUCGCCAGGACAACACUGGAAGCAACCCAGCUUGGUUCCUAGAGAGGAUUGUGAUUAUUGACACUAAGGAGGAAAACAUUUAUUAUUUCCCAUGCCAGAGGUGGUUGGCAAUGGAAGAAGAGGAUGGUCAGAUUGCGAGGGAGCUAGUCCCAGUGGAUGAAGCAUUUGUGCUAAAGGCUUCGUCUGAUGAUGACUCUCUUGAGACACUUGGCCUCGAACAGAAAGCUCAGUCAACGACAUUCACUGUGACAGUGAAAACUGGGGACAAGAAAUAUGGUGGGACAGACUCCAAUGUCUUCAUCGUUCUGUAUGGAAUGAAAGAUGACACAGGGACAAUCUACUUGAAGGCCUCGAAGACUAACAAGAAUAAAUUUGAGCGAGGAAAGAUUGAUGUGUUCACAGUGGAGUGUGUGGAUCUUGGAGACCUGAAGAAAAUAAAGAUGGGCCACGACGAUUCAGGUCGUGGUAAAGGAUGGUUUCUGGAGUGGGUGGAAGUCGAUGCUCCUUGCCUAGGGUUGUGCCUUGUAUUUCCUUGUGGCCGUUGGCUUGAUAAGUCUGAAGAUGAUGGAGCUAUUGAAAGGGUCCUGUUUCCUGCAGACCUGCAGACCAGAACAUACGUUCCAUUUGUUCCCUACGAGGUCACUAUUUACACAAGUGACCUUUUUGCAGCUGGGACUGAUGCAGAUGUCUACAUUGUCCUGUAUGGAGCAGAUGGAGUUUGCACUCAGCAGAAACCCUUGUGCCAAAACAUGAGAGAGCGGAGAAUGUUCUUUGAGAGGAAUUCUGUGAACCAGUUCAUUGUUGAGCUGGAAGAUGUUGGAGACAUACUUGAAAAGAUCCGCAUUGGGCACGAUGGCUCAGGCAUUAAUCCUGGUUGGCAUCUCAAAAAAGUGGAGAUACGCAGACUUCUACGCAAUGGAAAGGGUUCCGAGAAGACCACGUUUCCAUGUGAUAAGUGGCUGGCAAGCUCAGAAGAUGAUGGUGAGAUCAUGCGAGAGCUGGUUCCAUCCAAAGUCUUUACGGAAAAACUCAUGAAAGAUGGCACACUUAAGCAGAUCGAAGAAGAAAUUGAAGAUUCACUAGAAAUUCAGACAUACAGGAUUACCGUUUACACUGGUGAUAUUUUCGGUGCGGGGACAGAUGCCAGUGUGUUCAUCAUCAUAUAUGGAGACCUGGGAGAUACAGGGGAGAAGCAACUCAGCAGCUCUGAAACUUUUACCAACAAAUUUGAAAGAGGACAGGAUGAUAUAUUCACAAUCCAAGCUGUGGAUCUUGGCAGUGUGUAUAAAAUCAAGAUCCGCCAUGACAACUCCUUCCCGAGGCCGGAUUGGUACCUGGAGAAAGUAGAAAUCCUCAAUGAGGACACAGAUGAACUGUUCCUGUUUCAGUGCGAACGUUGGCUAUCACUGAAGAAGGAGGACAACAAGAUUGAAAGGAUACUCUGGGAAAAAAACGCCGACCGUGACCGCAAGAGUGUUAGUGCCUUAUCCCUGAAGAAGACUUCUGAGGAAUCUGCUCCAGAUGGACCAAUGAUUCCUUACCACAUCAUCAUCACCACAGGGAGUGAAUUGGGUUCUGACACCGACAGUCGAGUUUACCUCAUCAUUAUGGGACCGCAGAAACUUCGCACAGACCGUCUAUGGCUCGAUCUCCCAGAAGGACAGGAUGAAUUUGCAGACGCCUCGGUGGAGAAGUUCUCUGUAAUGGGGCGAGAUGUUGAAGAGCUCAAAAAGAUCGAGAUUGGCCAUGAUGGGGCCACACCAGAAAGCUCCUGGCUCUUGGAGGAAAUAACCAUCGUCGUGCCCACCAAAGGUCUCAUGUACACCUUUGUUUGUAAAUGCUGGCUGGCCAGGGACAUGGGAGAUGGUCUUACAUCACGUAUCUUCAACAUCCUGGAUGCUGACAGUGUCAACAUUGGGGUGAAGAUUCUGUAUGAAGUGACUGUCGUGACUGGAGAUAUCUCACACGCUGGAACAGAUGCUGGAAUUUUUAUAACACUCUCUGGAUCCAACGGUUGCUCAGAAGAGAUGCAGCUGGACAAAAACGGAGAUAGAUUUGAAAUUGGCCAAAGGGAUACAUUUAUAAUGGAGAUCCCAGACAUUGCGCCGCUUAAGAAGAUGAGGAUACGGACUGAUGGGGAAGGGUGCCGCCCAGAUUGGUUUCUGGAAGAGAUCAUCAUGAAAAAUUUGACCACUCAGGACGUGACCACCUUUAACUACAAUGAUUGGCUCUCGAAGCAAUGGGGCGACAAUCUGACCUUGGAGUGGGAGAUGCCAGCAAUAGUUGACGAUGAAGUGAUGAUGGAAUAUACAACUUACAAUGUCCAGGUUAAAACCAGUGACAUCUCAGGGGCUGGAACAGAUGCCAAUGUCUUCCUGAUGAUUUUUGGGGAGUAUGGAGACACUGGGAUUCUUCCCCUGAAACAAUCAAACCGCUCCAACAAGUUUGAAAGGGAUCGGUUGGACGUCUUCGAUUUUCCUGAUGUGCUCUGUCUUGGAGACCUCUGCAAAGUGCGCGUCUGGCACGACAACAAAGGAAUUGCACCAGGCUGGCACUUGGAAUACAUUGAUGUUGAAGACUACGUCUUGGACAAGAUCUUCCGCUUCCAGUGUGACCGCUGGCUGGCAACGGGUGAAGAUGACAAACAAACCAUUCGAGAACUGGCCUGUGCCAAUAAUGACAUCCUGGAACUGAAAGAGAAGACCUCUUACGAGAUCCUCACCAUCACCAGUGACAGAGAUGACGCAGAAACCAAGGAGAAUGUCAUUGUCAUUUUUGAAGGGAAGAACGGACGUUCCAAAGAGUUUCUUCUGGAGAACUCUUCCAAGAAAAGGAGGUUCUUAAGGGGAGCAACCGAUGUAUUUGAGUUUUCUUCAAAGAAUGUCGGUGAUAUCGCAGCCAUCUGUGUUGGUCAUUGUCCAAAAGACGGGAAGAAAUCAAGCAUAAAAGCAGAUGUCUACUGGCAUGUUCAGGAGAUUAUUGUUACAGAGAUGGAGCUUGACAACAAGUAUUUCUUCAGGUGCAACACUAAAAUUCCACUUCGUGCAAAGAGAGGUGACCAAAAAGUCAUUGACUGUUCCAAGGUGAAUGAGAGCUUUGCCAGCAAGGCUCGGAGUCUGGUGCCAGUCAAAUACGAGGUGAUUGUUGUGACGGGAUUUGAGAAGGGAUCCGGGACCGACGCCAAUGUCCUCAUCACCAUCUUCGGAUUGAACGGGGAUUCAGGCAAACGGGCACUCAAACAGAAAUUCCGCAACCUCUUUGAACGAGGCCAAACCGAUCGGUUUUAUCUGGAAAUCCUUGAACUUGGAGAGCUGACAAAGGUCCGGAUUGAGCACGACAAUACUGGAUUUUAUCCAGAAUGGCUGGUAGAACGGGUUGAAAUCACCAACUCAGCUACUGGGGUGACCACCAACUUUCCCUGUGGGAAAUGGCUCGCUUUGAACAAAGGAGAUGGGUUACUAUGGAGAGCACUAUAUCCUAGGAAUUAACAGCAACACAAAGUCAUGGAUAUGCAAAAUGUGUUUCUGGGGGUCACAUGGGGGCCCCAGGUGGUUUUGUGGUCCUCAACCCCCAUUAUGUGCCUUCAUGUCAUUUCUGACUUUUGGUGACCCUAAGGUGAACCUUUCAUGGAUUUCCUUGGUAACAUUCAUUCAGAGGAGGUUUGCCUUUGCCUUCCUCUGUGGCUAAGACAGUAUGACUUUCCUAAAAUAAUCUAGUGGUUUUCUAUGGCUGAACUGGGCUUCAAACCCUAGUCUCCCAAUAUCCCAAUCCAACACUUAAACCACUACUGAUACUUUUUGGCCCUUUUACUGGCCACAAAAAGGGAAGUGAAUUUCCGUUAUAAGAUAGGUUUCCCUUUAAAUAUAGCUGGGCUUCUCUGUAUUGCUUGAUAAAAACAGACAAACAGGAGUGGUCUCUCAACCGUUUUAGUUUAGUUUUGUUUCUUGAUUUGCAUUUUGGCAAUCCACGCAGAUACUGGGAUGGUUCUAGAGAUAACAUGUUGGGUCCCUGGCCUUCCAUGCUGGAAGCAAAAACAUUCUGAAAUUCCUAAGCCUGAUCAGGAAGUAGAUUUUUCCCAGCCUCAGCCCUAAAUCCAAUUGGUAGUUC